AUGGAACUUCAUUUCAUGUUAUCCAGACUGAUUGUGUUCGGUUGCUUCGUGCAUCUCUCUACCUCCAUACCAUUUUCCUUUCCCGACGGCAGUAGAAGUGCUUCCUCUUCCAGCACAUCCAGCGCACAACGACGCCAGGAAGCGUUCGAAGGGCGAAGCAUUCGUGGAAAUGAUGGAUCGUCUAGCAAAAACCAAUUCCCCGACAUAUACAGCCGUUAUCAGGUGCACGAAAAUGAUCCCGAUCCACCUGGUGUAAGACCGACGGCAGGUCCGUUUCUCGAUCGCCCAGGAUCGAUUACACCACCUCCACCACGCUACACAACGCGAUCGGAUCGUCCCAAUGCGGCCUACAAUCGUUUGCCACCGACGAAAAAUGACGAACCGAUCCAGGCUGAGCCGGCCAUCGAUUAUGACGAUGGAGAGGAUGUCGGGGAGGAAGAGGAGCAACCCGAUAAACCGGUGCCCGGUCCGGUGUCAGCACCGAUAUACAAACCUCCCGCCGGAAGUUACGGUGGAGGAGGUGGUUCCAACACGGUGAACAAUCUGUUUUAUGACUUUAACGACAAAUUUGGAGGAUUGGCCGGUGGACUAACGUCGUUGUUUGGGGAAAACAGACACAAGUUCAAGUUGAAACGACGAAAACCGGGUCAGCCCUGCAUUCCUUACAGUUUGUUCCACAAGCUCAAGUACGGUCGUGAUCUGCAGGGUAAUCCAGUCGAUCCAAAAACUCUGCUGCCGCAUCUGAACCUUGUCUUGGCGGAUGUAAACUACUACGCGCCAAACAAUAACUAUGGUGGUGGUGGUAGUAGUGGUGUUGACUAUCAGUCCGACACCGGCACUGGUGGAGCUGUGUUUAACAACCACUUCUAUGACGCCGUUGGUGGAUAUCCUUGCCAGGGUAUAUCGUUCGGUGGUGGUGGCUUCCCACACAAACCAUUCAAACCGCACCGACCACACGGUGGACCGCUUGGAUUUUUCGGACAGGGUGGUCUGUUCGAUUGGGUAUCGUCAGCGGACCAGGUACAGGGUGAUGAAGGUGUUGGAGGAACGGAAGGUACCAGUGGCAAUCGUCCGACCGUAGUGUUCAAUCUGAACGAUGCAAUCGAUACUGUGGCUACCAACUGGAAACCGGGCGAAGGUUUCCAAAUGAUGAUGGGAGUCAUAGCGAACUUUAUAACACAGGUCGCAGGAACGGCGGCAGCACCGGUAGCGGACGUUGCGACCGAUGUACGAAAAAUUAAUCGCGAAUUCUUUAGUUUGUUUGGUUGAAGAAAAGAUGUUAAA